CGCCGCCCGCAGGUGCCCGCCGCGCCUGCACGCGUCUCCCGCCCGCCAGCCGCGGCCAUGGCGCCCACCUGCACCAACAGCACUCGCGAAAACAACAGCAGCUACACGUGCAUGCCCCUCUCCAAAAUGCCCAUCAGCCUGGCGCACGGCAUCAUCCGCUCGGGCGUCCUGCUCAUCUUCCUCGCCGCCUCCUUCGUCGGCAACAUAGUGCUGGCGCUUGUGCUGCAGCGCAAGCCACAGCUGCUGCAGGUGACCAACCGCUUCAUCUUUAACCUCCUCGUCACUGACCUGCUGCAGAUUUCGCUUGUGGCCCCCUGGGUGGUAGCCACCUCCAUGCCUCUCUUCUGGCCCCUCAACAGCCACUUCUGUACCGCUCUGGUUAGCCUCACUCACCUGUUCGCCUUUGCCAGCGUCAACACCAUCGUCGUGGUGUCGGUGGAUCGCUACCUGUCCAUCAUCCACCCUCUCUCCUACCCGGCCAAGAUGACCCAGCGCCGUGGUUACAUGCUCCUCUAUGGCACCUGGAUUGUGGCCAUCCUGCAGAGCACACCCCCACUCUAUGGCUGGGGCCAGGCUGCCUUUGACGAGCGCAAUGCCCUCUGCUCCAUGAUCUGGGGGGCCAGCCCCAGCUACACCAUUCUCAGCGUCGUGUCCUUCAUCAUCAUCCCACUGAUUGUCAUGAUUGCCUGCUACUCCGUGGUGUUCGGUGCGGCCCGACGGCAGCACGCUCUGCUGUACAACGUCAAGAGCCACAGCUUGGAGGUGAGAGCCAAGGACCAUGUGGAGAAUGAGGACGAAGAGGGAGAGAAAAAGGAUGAGUUCCAGGAUGAGAGCGAGUUUCAUGGCCAAGAUGAAGGUGAGGUCAAGGCCAAGGAGGGCAGCGUGGAAGCCAGGCAUGGCAGCCGGAAGGCCAAGGAAGGGAGCAUGGAGAGCAGUGAGGAGAGCUUGGAGGCCAAGGGCAGCGAGGAGGUCAGAGGAAGCAGCUCAAUGGCCAGCAAAGGCCGCACGGAGGGUAAAGAAGGCAGCACCAAGACUGAGAGCAGCAAGAAGGCAGACAAGGGCGGCAGAGAGGUCAGCCAGUGCAACAUUGACUUGGGUGAAGAUGACUUGGGCUUUGGUGAGGAUGACAUCAAUUUCAGUGAGGAUGACAUCGAGGCGGUGAACAUCCCUGAGAGUCUCCCAGCCAGUCGUCGAAACAGUAACAGCGACCCUCCUCUGCCCAGGUGCUACCAGUGCAAAGCUGCUAAAGUGAUCUUCCUCAUCAUCUUCUCCUACGUGCUGUCCCUGGGGCCCUACUGCUUUCUAGCAGUUCUGGCCGUGUGGGUGGAUGUCCAAACCAAGGUACCCCAGUGGGUGAUCACCAUAAUUAUCUGGCUUUUCUUCCUGCAGUGCUGCAUCCACCCCUACAUCUAUGGCUACAUGCACAAGGCUAUCAAGAAGGAGAUCCAGGAUAUGCUGAAGAAGUUCUUCUGCAAGGAAAAGCUCCCCAAAGAAGACAAUCACCCUGACCUGCCUGGAACCGAAGCCGGCACCGAGGGUGGAACCGAAGGCAAGAUCGUCCCUUCUCACGAUUCUGCCACUUCGCCUUGAAGUUGGUUCUAAGGUAAACCUUCAACUGUCCACAGAAAACAGGAGCGGCUUUCUCUUAAAUGGACCAUCCACAGCCCCAUUAAUGCCAGCUCAUACCAUUCCAGGCAAAGGUUCCGCACACAUCCCUCUCACCACAAGGUAG